CCCUGUUUGACUGGUUAGGCCUGUUAUUGGUCAUGUGUAUAAUACCCUUUCGGUGCGCUAGUAGCAAAGCACAAUGGACGGUAGCAUCUCUAGCUAUAAUGUUCAACUUCCUGAGGAUUUUUAAGUUUUCGUCUGUGACAAGGACUACAGGCUUGUAUACGAAAACCUUGGCUAAGAUCAUCCAGCAAGACUUGACACGAUUUAUGGCCGUUUUCGUCGUGGUCUUUCUUCCCUUCUGUGGAGCCUUGUUUAUAUCUCUCCGUUGCUCUGGACAAAACCUUCUAUUUAGUGGCUUAGGAGACGUAUUCCUGAGUGGUUUUCGAGUUUUGUCCGAACAACGACCAAUUGCGGAAGAUUAUUCAAACUUCAACUGGCUGUCAAUACUGUUAAUGCUGGCGUACAUGGGGACUGUGAUUGUGGUUCUACUUAACAUACUCAUAGCACAGAUGAGCACGACCUACAUUCAGGCCAAGAAAGUCGCCCAUCUGGAGUAUGAUGUGGAUCGUAUUUUACAGCUCACUCGCAUGGAGUGA